UGGUAACAUACGUGACGUGUGUCAAGAUGUUUGCACAUCGAUAAAGAAUUAUAUUAAAUGAAUUAUUUCGUUUAUUAUGUAUAAAUCGAAAUGAACAGUCUUGGUUUAAGUUUGAUUUUAAAAAUGGGUUGCAUAUGUUCCAAGGAAACAAUCACGGUAAAUUCAAGAAAUUAUACGGUUCGUGAACAUCUUGGAGAAGGUGGAUUUAGCACUGUACUCUUAGUAGAAGAUACAACAACUCAUAAGCAAUAUGCUAUUAAAAAAAUCAUUUGUCAUGGAUUGGAAGACCAGAGAUUAGCAGCAAAAGAAAUAGAGUAUCAUAAUCUUGUAAAGCAUCAAAAUGUAAUAGAAUGUAUUGAUUCUACAUAUAAAGGAACUGCAGAUCCUAUUGUUAAUGCUACUAGUGAAGUAUUAAUUGUUUUACCAUAUUAUCAUAGAGGUACUCUCGCAAAUGAAUUAGAAAGACGUGCUAAAAAUAAAGAUUACAUGAGCACAUUAGAUACUUUAAAUAUUUUUUUACAAAUAUGCGAAGGUGUAAAAGCAUUUCAUGAAGCAAAACCAGAACCUCUUGCUCAUAGAGAUUUAAAGACUGCAAAUAUAGUUCUUGGUGAUGGAAAUACACCUAUAAUAAUGGAUUUAGGCUCUGUAGCACCUGCUAGAGUUAAAGUAUGUGGAUCACAAGCAGCACAAACUUUACAAGAUUUAGCAGCUGAAAGAUGUUCAAUGCCUUACAGAGCACCAGAAUUAUUUAAUGUUGAAAGUUACUGUAUGGUAGAUGAACGUACAGAUAUUUGGUCUAUAGGAUGUAUUCUUUAUGCACUGUGUUAUUUUAAAUCACCAUUUGAUACUGUAUAUGAGAGAGGAGAUAGUGUUGCUUUAGCUGUUAUGAGUGCAAAUAUUACAUUCCCAGAAGAUGCUCCAUACACAGAGGAUAUGCAAAAUCUAAUUUUAUCAAUGUUGAAAGUAAAUCCCAUGGAACGUCCAUAUAUAUAUAGUGUUAUAGAAAAUGUACAGGAUCUUAUUUCAAAACUAGAGAACAGAGUAUAAUCAUGUAAAGAGCAAUAAUUUAAAUACUUAUUCAAAGAUUGAUGUAUAGACAAUUUUUGAUACAUACAAAAUAUGUAACAAUGCAAAAUAUUCAU